AUGCUUCGCACGCUCCUUUCGCGGUCACCGAAGCUUGCCCGGCGGCUGCAUACCCCGCGGCGAGGCAUCCUCACUCCAGCUUACAGCGUGGGGCCAUCCGAGCCCCCUUUGUUGGAGUACACUGUCCCACAGCACUUUGCAACUGUUGUGAAGCAAUAUGGCGAUCGUGACGCAGUAAUAUCACAUCACCAACGAAUACGGCUCACAUAUGAUGCGCUCGAUCAAGACUCGAAUACCUUGGCUCGAGGACUGCAGAAGCUGGGUGUGAAGAAGGGCGAUCGAGUCGCCGUGUCGCUAGGGAAUAAUGCUGAGUUUGCGACUGUCACAUAUGCGCUGUUUAAGCUUGGGGCUAUACUUGUGCCAUUGAAUCCUGCCUUCAAUGCGCCGCAAGUCCUCUCCGCACUCAAUCACCUGGCCGCCUCCCAUCUUAUCAUCGGUGCCGAAACAAACCUUCCUCGCAAAGACCCACGCUCCAAUAUCCCACUUCUCACACAUCUGGUGCCAAAUCUUGCCGGGAUAACGCUUCAGUCGGAACUCGUACCCUCCUUACAGCAUGUUGUUCUCGUCGAUAACUCACAAGGGCGGGUUGAUAUCAGUGAACAGAAGAGCUUAACAAGAUAUCAACAUGUGAUGGAAGACGGGGCACAUGACAGCGCAUUAGAAGAUCAAGGUCUUGAUGCGAAUGACAUUGUAAACAUACAAUUUACCUCGGGCACCACGAGCAUGCCGAAAGCGGCGUGCCUGAGCCACCGCAGUAUAUUGAAUAAUGGCAACAGCAUUGGCGACAGAAUGCUAUUGACACCAGAUGAUGUCAUCUGCUGUCCGCCUCCAUUAUUCCAUUGCUUUGGUUGCAUCCUCGGAUACAUGGCCACGGCCACGCACGGCAGCGCAAUAGUCUUCCCCAAAGAAGCCUUUGAUCCUGUAGCCACCCUCGAGGCAGUCCGCGAAUACAAAGCUACAGGCCUGUACGGUGUACCCACCAUGUUUGUUGCAGAGCUCGAGCUCCUCGCCCUCGGCGCCGUACCGCGAGAUGGCUAUCAGUACCUACGCACUGGCAUCGCUGCAGGAUCUUCUAUCCCUGCUGAACUCAUGCGAAAGCUACACAAGAUGUUGAACCUCACCGAACUCACAAUCUGCUACGGCAUGACCGAAACCAGUCCCGUUUCUGCCAUGACCACCACCGACGAUCCGCUCGACAAGCGCAUCGACAGCGUCGGCAAACUCAUGCCCCACAUCACCGCCAAAGUCGUCGAUCCACUAGACUGGUCGCGUACCCUCGCCAUCGGCGAGCGCGGCGAACUCGCCGUCUCGGGGUACCACGUCAUGAAGGGAUAUUGGAGCGACGAGGCGCGCACCAAAGAGGUCUUGCGACCCGAUCCAGAUGGCAGGCUGUGGAUGCAUACAGGUGACGAAGCCUCACUGGAUGAGCAAGGAUACAUCAAGAUCACGGGUAGGAUCAAAGACCUCAUCAUUAAAGGCGGAGAGAACAUCCACCCGCUCGAAGUGGAAAACUGCCUCUUUGGCCACCCGGCCGUGAGCGAGGUCAGCGUCGUAGGCCUUCCAGAUGAACGGUACGGAGAAGUGGUUGCCGCGUUUGUGGUCCGCCAUGACGGAGACGAGGGAAGGGUGACGGCAGAUGAACUGAGGAAUUGGGUCCGUGAGAAGUUGAGCCACCAUCUUGUGCCUAAAUAUAUCUUCUGGGUCGACGGCUACCCCAAGACGGCAAGUGGCAAGAUUCAGAAGUUCAGGUUGAAGGAGCAGGGCUGUGAGAUGGUCAAGGCGGGGAAAGGUCUGGAGUGA